GACCUUUUGAUUUGCCAAUGGUUACCCAUACGCAAUAGCAUUGGACCAAUGGUAUCGUAUGAGUCCUACCCAUAGUUGUUUGAUUGGCUACCUGUCAUUGUAGACCCCGCCUCGUUGUCUGUCCCAAGGAAGAGAUGUGUAGCCUCCAGUUAUUGCAAAAUCAUGGCAACAUUCAUGGAACGACUGUCUUUCCUUCAGAAAGUUCCCACUCUGAUGAAAGCAACAGCAGAUGACGAAAAGCCCUGUCCUGGAUACCUCUUUGAAGAAAUCGGAAAAAUCUCCCAGGAGUCCACUGGGUGUGGUCAGUGCCUUUUGGAGUACCUGUUGGAGAGGCUGCAGGUAGAAUCCUGCCAUGUCAAAAUAAAGGUUCUGAAGAUCUUCGUCCAUCUCUGUGGCCAUGGAUCACCUCACUUUCUGACGGAACUCAGACGGAACUCCACCUUCAUCCAGCAGGCCUCAGUUUACAGUGGUCCUCUUGACCCCAUCCAUGGCACUGCUAUGUACCAGAAAGUGAGGGCCACGGCACAGGAAUUGGCCAGGUUACUCUUCACAGAGACAGUCUCCCACCAGAGCAGCACGUCUCCAUGCAAACUAGCCAUGGCCAACAUGGGCAUGGGGUCGGAGUCUGCCCACGGAUCCAGAAUGCAGGGGUUUGGCUACAGCCCAGGGAAGAACAUAACAAGUGGUGAGACCCUGAUGGACAAGAUCCGCAAGGCUACUGAGUUUGUGGCUAGUGCCGUCCUGCCCCCGAUGGAACACCAGGGUAUCCGUCUCCAUGACAACCACUACCGGGCAGUGGUGGCGCCUUCGGGCCCCGUAGAGGUGGCAGUGCCAGCAUGUGCCUACACUGUGCCUCCUCACAGACCCAAAGUUUCCCAGCGGUGUCCAGGGCAGGUGGGUGGGGGCUGGGAGGAGAUUGACAGCAGCCAUAGCUCCUCCCACAACUCCUGUCAGGAGAACGCAGACCACUGCCAGGUCUCGGGGGGCGGUAGCAGCAAUUCAGGUGGCACCGGUAGCCAAUCGGGAGCCAGUAGGGAGAGCUCCGGAGACCUAUCAGAACGGGUGGAGGCUAUGCAGUUAGGGGACUGUGGGCAGGAGAUGGCGCUGAUCAGCAGGAUGACUGAGGGCUCCAAGGUCUUCCUGUCCAGAGAGGAGAAUCAGCACUUCAUCAAGGAGUGUUCCACUCUGAACUGUGAGGUGGUGGUGGAGCUGCUCUCUCGCAGACUGCAGGACCCGUCACAGACUGCCCAGAUGAGGGCGCUGUGUGCUGUGGCCUGUCUCAUGACCUCUGAUCUGCUGUCUCUGGAGCAAAUCUUCGGGGUGACCCAGAGGAGGCUGGUCCAACUGAGUGAGGGACCCCCAGGGCCUGUAGCCAACAAGACCAUCAAGAUCCUUCGUCAGUUUAAGGCUCUGAUGGGCGGGCCAAUCAUUGGUGCCGGAUGUGAUGCAGCAGCAGCCAAUGGUGUUCCUCUAUCCGCCUCGGACCAGCCCCCCACUCCCACAAGUCCCACACUGCUACUGCCAACACGCCCAGGUGACAUCACGGUCUUUAACCAUCACAGAGGGAGAGACCCUGAGACUGAGCAGUCACCUGGGGGGCAAGCUCAACCCCCUCCCCUGCCUGACCUGGGCUGGGGAGGGGGUACAUCUGAGAGGUUACUGAAUCUCAACCUUGAUGAUGAGAGAGGGUCUGCUAGUCAGGAUGAAGUGUUCAUGGACAGUCAGAUUGGGUUUAGGACUGGUGAGACCCAGCUCACCUCAGAUGUUAUAGUAAAAGACUCAGAACUCCAGACAGAGAGGGACCCAUUCCGAGUCACGGACCCCCAGAUCGAGCAGCCCUGUGGGGGUAGACUCUCUUUGUUCAGUGGCAUGGAGCUGGUGACCAGAGGGAGGUCUGUGUGUCCAUCAACCCUUACAGAGAGGAAUGGAGAUCUGCAGCCUCAGGUGGAAAAGAGAGACGGGAGGGAGCGCCUGAGUGUUACCCCUACAAACACACCGCUACUCUGUGUCGAUGACAUCAGCGAUACAACACCUACAUACGACCUCACAUCCACCAGCAGCCAAUCAGCCUCAGCCUUCUCUUUCCUUAACCUCUGAUCUCCAACACAGAACAGGAUGGUUAGGAUAAUGCUGGCACCAUAGGCAUCUCUGCUCUAAAACCAUGACUACAGUUUGUCAGGGGUGCCCAGCUCCCAGUCCUGAAGGUAUGCAAUGUUCGCUGUGAUCUGUGAGUCGUAAUAUUAACUUCAUUUCCACAAUAAUCCCCAGAGGUAAAAACUCUACACAGUAUGCCUGGAGUAUGUUCAGUUUGCAGAGUUAUGUUUAACAAAUGUGAGAUCAUUUUCACAGGCUAGCUAAUGGUUACUUUGACUCAGGAUUUUGCACUACAAUGAUUUUUUGUUAGAGUAAUCCCACCUGGGCACACACUGAUUGAAUCAACAUUGUUUCCACGUUGAGCCAACAUGGAAUAGAUGUUAAAUUGACAUCUGUGCCCAGUGGGAUGUGUCUUCCGCUCUUCUCUGGCACUAGGUGCCCUUCUUACUACCUUAAAUAUAAACAUUGUUAUUUCACAAGUGUGUUUUAUUUCUACUGUUGAUUCACAUUCAAUAGGAAUGGGACUGGUUGUAGGUUGCAUGAACGAUUUGCCAAAACCUCAGUGAAACAUAAUGAAGUAAUGUAUGAACGAGGAGUUGUCCUUCUCUAUGUCCUCUAAACCAUGCCUGUCUGUUGGUCAGAGCGCUACAGUAUACGACAGAUUGAAAGCAUAUUGGUACAUUCAGUGGUGACACUGUGUCUAUUUCAACUAAAGCCAUGCUGUUGCACCACUGUGUGUGACUACAAUAAAACCUGCUGUCUUUUUGUUGCAGCACUAAGUAGAAGAAAGGCCUUUUAUGGUGGGACAUUACAUAACAUUAGCAGCACCCUGCCCUAGAGGCGUUAAAUAAAUGAAUCUGAUUCACUGCAA